AUGGUCAGAUACGAUCUCUCAAAGUAUCCUACUCUUCUGGCGGCACUAGGAAAAAGAGAGACCAUUGAGCCAGAAGAAGAAGAUGCUGAGAACGUUCCAGUAACUUCAAGUCAGGUCACCUUCUACAAUCCUGCCAACUACUCUACCCUCAUAGGUAUACUUACAGCGGGAACCUCCCGUGAAGACGAUGAGUCAGACGUUCACGAGCCGGAUGUUCAUGUAGUGCUGCCUCCAGAAGAUAGCAAACAACACAUUCGUUCACCAUCGCCAUCUGAAGACACAAAACCACCCGCACGUCAAAAUAGCCCUUCACCACCUCCAGUCGAUGCUACUGCUCUUUUCAACAAACCCUCAGAGGAAGUUGGAACCAAGUUCCGGGCUGUGGUCAAUGUCAGCCAGAAGGGCAUUCACCCGGUGUUGAGAUAUGACAUCCCAGGAGGGUCCACGUGUUACACAUUUGCGUAUCAGAAACGCAGAGCUAAGUACGAAGUUUAUUGUUGUAGUGGCUGCAGAAGCAAUGGCACGAGGACGACGAUUGAAGUACGUGAUGGAGAGUUCUUCUCUGAAGAUCCAUGCCUCCUUGAACACGUCUGCUCACCAAAGAAUUCCGCGGAAGACGAAGCGAAUCGCUUGGUCUACAAGGCUUGCCAAGAAAUCUGUGUUACACCUGAGUUCGCCAGUAAAAAGCCCAGGCAGCUAUGGCAAGAAAUCAGUAACUAUGUGGACCUCUCCAGCGAAGAUCCUCACCGACGCGAAGAAAUGCUGACCUACUUCCGCAAGAGAGGAUACAAGUCAAGGCGAAAAACUCUUUCGAGAGCACUGGAAAAGCUUCGUAAGCACGGUGUGCCAAUGACGGAGACCCAUGAGGAAGACUCCGAGGUUUGUAGCCGAACGUCACCGUCAAGACCGGAGAGUUGUACACCAGCUGGGGAGUAA